CCGACGCGGGGUGCCGAGGACUUUGCAACUUGCCCGGGAAGGUGGAGGGGUGGAAGGGGGAGGGGGAUCUCCGCUCGAGACCGAGUUGCUCUGAUUGGAACGCAAAGCACCUCAGCGGAUCAUGGUGCAGCAGGCGGAAAGCUUGGAAACUGAGAGCAACCUGCCCCGAGAGGCGAUGGACACGGAGGAGGGCGAAUUCAUGGCUUGUAGCCCGGUAGCCCUGGACGAGAGCGACCCGGACUGGUGCAAAACGGCGUCCGGCCACAUCAAGCGGCCGAUGAACGCGUUCAUGGUGUGGUCUAAGAUCGAGCGGAGAAAGAUCAUGGAGCAGUCGCCCGACAUGCACAACGCGGAGAUCUCCAAGAGGCUGGGCAAGCGGUGGAAAAUGCUGAAAGACAGCGAGAAGAUCCCGUUCAUCCGGGAGGCGGAGCGGCUGCGACUCAAGCACAUGGCCGACUACCCCGACUACAAGUACCGGCCCAGGAAAAAGCCCAAAAUGGACCCCUCGGCCAAGCCCAACGCGAGCCAAAGCCCGGAGAAAAGUGCUGCAGGCAGCGGGGGCGGCGCCGGCGGCGGCGCGGGCAGCGGCAAGAACUCCAAGGGUUCGAGCAAGAAAUGUAGCAAACUGAAGACCCCCGCGGCCACCACGGCCACCGCGGCCGCCUGCCCCAAGGCGGGCGCGGGCAAAGCGGCUCACCACGGGGAAUACGGCGGCGACGACUAUGUGUUCGGCAGCCUUAAAGUGAGCGGCGCCGGGGGCGGUGGCGCCAGCAAGACCGUCAAGUGCGUCUUCAUGGAUGAGGACGAUGAGGACGACGAGGACGAAGACGAGCUGCAGCUGCGGAUCAAGCAGGAGGUGGAGGACGAGGACGAGGAGCACCCGCACCAGCAGCUCCUACAGCCGCCCGGGCAGCAGCAGCAGCAGCAGCUGCUGAGACGCUACAACGUCGCCAAGGUGCCCGCCAGCCCCACUCUGAGCAGCUCGGCCGAGUCCACCGAGGGCGCGAGCCUCUACGACGAGGUGCGGGCCGGCGCGACCUCUGGCGCCGGGGGCCACGGCGGGGGCGGCAGCGCCAGUCGCCUCUACUACAGCUUCAAGAACAUCACCAAGCAGAACACGCAGCCGCUUGCGCAGCCGGGGCUCUCGCCCGCGUCCUCGCGCUCCGUCUCCACCUCCUCUUCCUCUUCUUCCAGCAGCAGCAGCAGCGGCGAGGACGCCGACGACCUGAUGUUCGACCUGAGCUUGAAUUUCUCCCAAAACCCGCACACCACCAGCGAGCAGCAGCUGGGGGGAGGCUCUGCAGCCGGAAAUCUGUCCCUGUCGCUGGUGGAUAAGGAUUUGGAUUCCUUCAGCGAGGGCAGCCUGGGCUCCCACUUCGAGUUCCCCGACUACUGCACGCCCGAGCUGAGCGAGAUGAUCGCGGGGGACUGGCUGGAGGCGAACUUUUCCGACCUGGUGUUCACGUAUUGAAAGGGACGCCCCGCUUCUCGCUCAUGUCUCUCGACGGGUGCAGAGCAGGGUUCCUUGGGAGGAAAUCGUGGUGAUGAUGAUGUUGAUGGUGGUGGUGGUAGGGUGGAGGGAAGAGAAGAAGAUGCUGAUGAUAUUGAUAUGAUGUCGUGACGCAAAGAAAUUGGAAAAGAUGAAAAUUUUGGUGAAGUUAAAGUGAAAUUAGUAGUUUUUAAACAUUUUUUUUCCUGUCCUUUAUUUUGUUUUUUGCCCCCCCCCUUCCUUUAUCGUGUCUCAAGGUAGUUGCAUACCUAGUCUGGAGUUGUGAUUUCCCCUCUCAAUGUGUUUUGUAAUUAAUAUUUCUUUUCCUGAAAUUCGUGAUUGCAACAAAGGCGUAGGGGACGGGGCGGGGGAGGGGAAGGAGCAACCGCUCCGGAAGGCGCUGUUUGAAGCUUGUCGGUCUUUGAUUGAAGUCUGGAAGACGUCUGCAGAGGAGCCUUUUGGCAGCACAACUGUUACUCUAGGGAGUUUGUGGAUUUUUUUUUUUUUCCUUAAAAGAUCUUAAAGAACUGGUGAUUUUUUUUUUAAGCAAACAAAAACAAAAAAGGGACCAUUGCAACUUUUUUUAUUUUACUUUAUUUUUUUGGAGGGAGAAAACUGAUGUCUUCUAUGCAUCCGAUUCUUAACAAAACUGCAGGGAGCUUGAAAAAAUGCAGACUGUACAAACGCUUACAAAAAAACUGUGAACUGACUUAAGAUCAGAGUUUACUUUUCAGAUCAAAUUGUUUAUGGUUUUACAAACGUGAUUUCUACUUGCCAACUUUUUUUUUUUGUAACUUGUUCCCUUAUACCUCCUUGAUUGAAUACCAGACAGCCUAGACCUCAGUACAAAAGGUAUUGAAACAUUUUUGAUACAUAACAGACCUCAGUCUUUUUUAAAAAUUAAUAUAUUUUCAGGCGUAUUUUUGUACAGUGAAAAGGGAACACUCUUGCUGUGUUUUUUCAGUAAGACUUUCAGGCACUUCUUCCCUUUUGAUUUCUUUUUUUUUUUUCCUCCGUUUUUUAGCAUGCAAGUAUGUUGGUACGUUAUGUCCUGGUUUAAAAAGGAUUAAAAUUUUAAAAUAAUCCUUGCAUCUAAAGGCCUUGUGGUUUAAAAAAAAAAAAGCAAACUUUUUUUUGUACAGCUAUAGUAGAGAUUUGUUCAAUAUUUGUAGGUAAAGAUUUAUUGAAAAUGGUGAUAUAGACCUCAGAGCUGUUAUCUUAGUUUAAAGAUUGUAUAUGUACUGUACUAUAGUAGGGUUUUAUGUAUCAUGCGCUGUGAUAUGUGGAUGGGGCCCCAGAUGGAAGGUUUGAAACUGGAUUCUCGAUUUUUUUGGAAAAAAAAAAAAGGCACAUAGUUUAAAAAGUUUCUCAUUUUGUGCAAUAUAAUCUAAAUAAAGUACAGACCAUCUGCAUAUUUUGUAGCAAAUGGUGGCAAAGCAGACUCAUGCACUGUCAACAUCAUUGCCUGGUUUUUUUUUUUUUUUUUAAUUUUUUGUGUGUGUGCUGGAAGUCUGUAUCUUGACAAUUUUAAUAAAUCAGCUGGAACUGAUAGAAA